GGAAGUUCGUUGUGAAAGGUCACCCAACUCAGAAUAUCAAGUUGGAAACACGGCAUCUUUCUAGACUUUCCGACCUGAAGUCAGAAGUUCGAGAUUUCCGAGUGCCCAGUUGUUAUGAACGCGGCAUUAUCUCAUUUUCUAAUAUCUCUGGUCAGUCAUAUGACAAGGAAGAAAGGCAAUCGGUGUUGUUGUUGGUUUAUUAAAUGGCCUGGGGUUAUGAAAUAAUAUGAACAUGGAUUUAAAAUGAAAUCACAGCAAGUUGCCUCGUCAACGAAACUGUUUGUCAUGUAAAGAAAGGGAGGAGUAUGGAGAAUGAUGAACUUCCGUCAGCGGAUGGGAUGGAUCGGCGUGGGGCUGUACCUUCUGGCUAGCGUGGCUGUCGUCUACUAUGUCUUUGAGAUCGACCAAACAUACAACCGUCUCACCCUGGAGCACGUGGAGCGGGUGGCUCAGGAGCAGCGACCUCUGGCAGGGGACAACACGCCUCCCGCCGCAUCCUCUGGGCCCCCAUCCUCAGCCUCACUGCCCACCUGGACCCAGAGUCUCAAAACUCGCCUGCUCCUCUUGCCCUUCUGGGUGUGGGUCACCAUCUUCCUCGUGCCCUACCUUCAGGUGUUCCUCUUCCUCUACUCGUGCACGCGCGCCGACCCCAAGACGGUGGGCUACUGCAUCCUGCCCGUAUGCCUGGCGGUACUCUGCAACCGCCACCAGACCUUUGCCAAGGCGUCCAAUCAGAUCAGCCGGCUGCAGCUGAUUGACACCUAAAGUGUCCCAACCGAUUGAGACUGUGGAUAAUAUCAGAGGCGGGGUGAGCAGCCUUAGUGCAUGCUGCACACAAACUAGGCGGCGGCCUACUACUCUCCCACCUGAACUACAGGAUGCUUAACACUCAACUAGUGCACUGUGUGAAGUGUUAAGCCUACCAGUCUUCACUAGGCAAUUCACUUGGGGGUUUGGUGGUGGUUUUGUUGAUGUGUAUGUGUGCUGUGUGCUGUUCUUGAGAUGAACAAUGGUACGUGUUUCACAACCCUUUGUAUUUGUGAUUUCUUACAUUCAACAAAGGCUGGACCAAAGGGUGCCAAGUGCUCCAGGGUCUCACCACAGUACCUGACUAUGAUAGACACCAAUCAUUGAAUCAUUGUCCCACUUUUUUUGAGAAAAUAAUUCUGUGAGGAAAGGUUGAGAGCCAUAUUGGUUCAAUCAUCAUCCCAAAACUAUUACUGACUCGAAGUAAGGUGAAAUAUGACGUGUCAACUAAUUUGUACAGACAGUUUUAGGAAUGUGAUGCCAUUUUAAAAAACUGUCUUAGUGGACCAGUAGUGAUUCUUAGAUAAGUACUGCAGUGUUGUUUUGUUAUUGGUCUGAAUGUAUUUUGUAGUGUUAUUUACUGCUGUGUUGGCUCAGUAAUUUCCUUCUACAUAACAUGCUUUUUUUGUCAUUCUAUUACUUGCAAUAUUUAGGAAGUGUUUCGGAGAUUCGUCCAUCUAUCCAGUCUUUGUAUAAGAUAAAUAUCUUGUGCCUUUUAGGACUCCCCCCCCACCCUCCAAGUAAAGUCAAAGAAAGUCCACACAAAGCACACGGACCAUGCUUUUGAAAAAUAUCGAUCUUCUACUACAGCCAUUGUUUGUUGUCCUUGUGUGCCAUAAAGUGACAAAAACAUAA